CUGGGAGUCGCGUACAAGAGGGACGAAGCAUCGAAGGGGAUCGACCCUACAGGGAAAUUCACCACGCCAAUGGAUCCCAAGUUCGUGAUCGAACCAGAAGACGUUGAUCCGCACGCGCAUAGCAACAUGGUCAAGACCAGAAAUCAGCUAUGCAGUAUCAUUGCUAUCAAGAUAUCUCACAAGUCAGCUAUCGAGAUUUUGUACUUGCGAGAGACGCUCGAGUUCAUGGGAUACAAGCAACCUACGACGAUAUGCUAUCAAGACAACGCCGCCUUGGAAGCAAUUCAUACAAGCGAGCAAGUUGCUGAUAUAUUCACAAAACCGCUGCCCGCUGAUCAGUUUCUCUACCUAAGAGACCAAUUGUUGAACCUCCCCUUUGGUAAUUUUCAAAAUGAAUAAACUUUUCUCAAACUUGUCUAAGAUCCUUCGAAGGACAAAGACGCAUACGCGAAGUGCUGAGCGCCUCUGGACUGUUCUAGUACCAGGGAGUAGCAUAGUACAAGCGAAACCAUAAGCAUGUGGCACAACUUGAGCAUCCCUACGUGGGUAACCGGCGUGUAGCAAAAUGCUGCAUAGCUGCUCUAAACUUCCAUUGAAGCUAGUUGAUGAUGCGAAAAGCUACAUCAGGGUUUGGAAUUGCUCAAAAAUGCUACACGCAAUUCCUCACGUGCAUCCACAAAAUGCUACGAAGGAAACGUAAAAGCAUGUGGAAACGACGUGUUAUGCUCACUGAAAGGCAUAUGAAUGCAUGUAUGACUUUGGAACCUAUGUCAUUUGCUGAAACGUACUGGGAACUCACCGUCCUGGGCCACAUUUGCAUUUUGGCUUUCUGCCAUUUUCGCAU